AUGUCGUGGGAUUUCCCCCAGAGGACCUUGGAAAGACAAGCGCAAAGGCAUCUUUCUGGACAAUUUCAAGAUGAAUGGGGAGAUGAUGUUCUUCUCACCGUUUCAGGGAGCUCCUCAAGGAGCGUAGCCUUGAAACGCAAAGGAUGGUCAAUGCAGCCUGACAUCAAAGGCCAUUUCCUGCAAUCCGGAAGAGGCAGAAAGUUGCAACAGACGCAUUUGGGCCGAUGUGGUUUGAGUUAAUGUAAACUUCCUUCCCUACAGAAUCUCAUGGUAUUUCCUGAUUCCUACACAGACCCACGCUCACCCCACCCCACCCUGGUGUGAUUCUCACAGUUUAUUUUCCCCUAAGGGAAUUUUGCUUUAUGGAAAAUCCUGGCACGUCAAAUUCCAUCCUGGAUUUUUGCAUGAUUGUUAUCUUUUAAAUACUUGCUGUUGCAGAUUGAAUCUCACCACUUCCUCUCAGAAAUAAUCACUUGGUCCUUUUUCCUUCCAAUCCACCCCCCCCCCAUCCAAAAGGUAACCUAAGAUGAGGAAUGAACCGGGUAGUUUUGUUGGAAUAGUGCAGUUUUAUUUAUUUUUAUUUCACCACAUUUAUAUACUGCUUGACUGAAAUAAAACAUCUACGUGCUUAACAAAAAAUCAAAAAUCAAAACAUCAGAAAUAUCAAUAAAAGAUAGUUAAAACAUAUUUUAAAACAUUAAAUAUAUACAGGUGAAACUUGGAAAAUUAGAACAUCGUGGAAAAGUUAAUUUAUUUCAGUAAUUCAACUUAAAAGGUGAAACUAAUAUAUGAGAUAGACUCAUGACAUGCAAAGCGAGAUAUAUCAAGCCUUUAUUUGUUAUAAUUGUGAUGAUCAUGGUGUACAGCUGAUGAAAACCCCAAAUUAACAAUCUCAGAAAAUUAGAAUAUUAAAUGAAAUCAGCAAAACAAGGGCUGCAAAUAGAGCAAUAUUGGACCUCUGAGAAGUAGAAGAAUGCCCAAACCAAGUGCUGAGCACAUAUGCAUUUUCUGAGAUUGUUAAUUUGGGGUUUUCAUCAGCUGUAUGCCAUGAUCAUCACAAUCAUAAGGCUUGAGAUAUCUCACUUUGCAUGUCGUGAGUCUAUCUCAUAUUUUAGUUUCACCUUUUAAGUUGAAUUACUGAAAUAAAUGAACUUUUCCACUAUAUUCUAAUUUUGCGUGGACAGGCGGAGUCCCCAGAUCCCGCGCGGUCCCUCUGGAGCCAAGUGAGGAUUCCCAGGUAAGAUCCUCCCUCUAUUGUGUGGACAGGUAAUCCCUCCCCUACCUGGCCUGGUCUCCUUGGCAACGCUUCCCCCAGGUGGGAUUGGACAACUGACUGAGGUAGGUGGAGACCUCCAGGUAUCCCACCUGAGGGAAGGCAAACCAAGCCUAUGCUGUUGGAGCCGCUCCAGAUCUAGGGGCUGCACGCAUCCACGCAAAGGGCGCCCCCCCGUUUUAAGCGGGGAGCGGUCAUUCUGAGUUUCACCUGUAUAUUUUUUAAAUGAAGCAGUACAAGGAGUCAUCAAACCGCCGUAGGGACUCUGCUCCAGAUUUGUGUAGGGUUUACUCUCCCGAAAAUAUCCCAAAAGGUAGCAGAGGUUUCGGAUCAGCACGUUCCUUCUCCUAGAUGGGCUCCCUUCCCAGGUGGACAAGCCCCAUCUGCCCCUCAUUUCCUUCUACAGCAUUAAAAGAUAGAUUUAUUAGAAGUUUUAUUAGAAGCGGGUAUUAUGUGGCAUAAUAGACAGCAUCUUAAAAAGCAGAGACAUCACCUUGCUGACAAAGGUCCGUAUAGUAAAAGCUAUGGUUUUCCCAGUAGUGUUGUGUGGAAGUGAGAGCUGGACCAUAAAGAAGGCUGAUCGCCAAAGAAUGGAUGCUUUUGAAUUAUGGUGCUGGAGGAGACUCUGGAGAGUCCCAUGGACUGCAAGAAGAACAAACCUCUCCAUUCUUAAGGAAAUCAGCCCUGAGUGCUCACUGGAAGGACAGAUCCUGAAACUGAGGCUCCAAUACUUUGGCCACCUCCUGAGAAGACUCCCUUGAAAAGACCCUGAUGCUGGGAAAGAUAGAGGGCACAAGGAGAAGGGGACUACAGAGGACGAGAUGGUUGGACAGUGUUCUGGAAGCUACCAGCAUGAGUUUGACCAAACUGCGGGAGGCAGUGGAAGACAGGAGUGCCUGACGUGCUCUAGUCCAGGGGGUCACAAAAAAGCCGACACGACUAAACGACUAAACAACAACAACAAAUUAUUAUUUCUACUUCUGCAGAUCAAAAUGCCCAGGUGGUGCCACGCAGGGUCAGAUGAUCUGCAAGCAAACUGGUCCCAAGGUGCUAAGGGCUUUAUACAGUGGUGCCUUGCAAGACGAAAUUAAUUCGUUCCACGAGUUUUGUCGUCUUGCAAUUUUUUUCGUCUUGCGAAGCACGGUGUCGGGAAAGUUUUGGAAAAGCUUCAAAAAUCACCAAAGUCUUUAAAAACCUCAAAAAAGGCUACCACACCGCGUUCUAUGAGUUGCUACUCGAAGUCAAGUCGCAACUGUAUUAACUUUUUUAAGAAAAAGUAAACAAACUUGAAAGACGUUUUCUUCUUGCGAAGCAAGCCCAUAGGGAAAAUCGUCUUGCGAAGCAGCUCAAAAAACAAAAAACCCUUUCGUCUAGCGAGUUUUUUGUCUUGCGAGGCAUUCGUCUUGCGAGGUACCACUGUAUACGAAGAGCAUCAUCAGGGAUGAUGGGAGCUGGCUUGAUCCAGCAGCCUCCUUUUACAUCCUGCGUUCUUUGGAUUUCCCCGGAGGCUCACAGAAGGCUUUCGCAUUGAAGGAAAUGAGUUGCAGGGGGGAAAUAUGUGACAGAUGAAGUUAGACAAAGCCGCAGAGUAUCCGAGCUCCAGACGCCCGUCUCCAAAACAGAACACAAAUAGAGUUGAACAUUUCCGCCAAAACCAAACUUGCGAAAUUGGGUGUGCUUCGUAUGUCCAAAAGACUGGUUUCCAGAACUUCCAAGAGUCAUUCCUCCUCUUCUGCUUCUGGUGGCAAUCCUGGCCGGUGCUAAAGACUCUGACUCAGAAGAGAGCAUUGCGAUGGGUGGGGUACCAGCGACUAGGCUGUCUCUGUUGUAAACAAAAUCUGCCCUUCUUCCCUUAUGGGGUAUCCAAGAGCCCAUAUAGAGUCCUUACGUAGGUUCCCUAUUGGUAGGAGAAAAUAACAGAGGCCAACCAGAGAAUAUUGAGAAGCAAAGCAGCUAGUAAGCCGGAUCUUUAUUGAUCUGUUGCAACAGGGUGCUCCCCUCACACGCAGGAAAGGAGGAGGAACCCAGAAUAAUGGUGCACAAGGCCUUAUAUAGACAUUUUAAAUUCCCUGCCCUGGAGCUCAAGACCAUCCCUCCAUAAAUCAUACCUACAUCACAGAAAAGGCUGUCUACAGCAGAAAUCUGAGUGCGUUGUUUAUCUCGUCUGACAGGUUACCUGUUAAUGCUCACUUGACUGGAUACCCUGGGGAGCCUGGCCAGUCUUUUGUAAUGAUCUGUUCUGGAGCCCUGUUCGCAUCCUGAAACGAACGCAACCCGCGUCUGUGUGUCUGCGUGUGUGCGGGUCGCGAUUUGCCGCUUCUGCGCAGGCAUGUGACAUCAUUUUGAGCGUCUGUGCGUGCGCAAGCGGCGAAGCCCGGAAGUAACGGAUUCCGUUACUUCUGGGUCGCCGCGGAGCGCAACUCGAAAACGCUCAACCUGAAGCAACUUCAACCUGAGGUAUGACUGUAUAGCAUAUAUUCAACACAAAAAACAGUGACAAUUUGUUGUUGACAAAGGACAGCUGGACAUCGAAAGGGCCCCAUUACCUUCAGUAGCUUAGGGCCGCACUGAACCUAAAUCCGGCCCUGGAUAGGGACCAUAUUUAAGUCACCUGGGGCCGGAAGUCAUUUUGGCUUGAAUAGCAGGGUAGGUAAAGGUAAAGGGACCCCUGACCAUUAGGUCCAGUCAUGACCGAUUCUGGGGUUGCGGCGCUCAUCUCGCUUUACUGGCCGAGGGAGCCGGCGUACAGCUUCCGGGUCAUGUGGCCAGCAUGACUAAGCCGCUUCUGGCGAACCAGAGCAGCACACGGAAACACCGUUUACCUUCCCGCCGGAGCGGUACCUAUUUAUCUACUUCCACUUCGUGCUUUCGAACUGCUAGGUUGGCAGGAGCAGGGACCGAGCAACAGGAGCUCACCCCGUCGCGGGGAUUUGAACCGGCGACCUUUUGACCGGCAAGUCCUAGGCUCUGUGGUUUGACCCACAGCACCACCCGUGUCCCUGGACAGCUGGACAUCGAUGGACAGCUGGACAUUGAAAGGGCCCCAUUACCUUCAGUAGAUUAGGGCCGCACUGAACUGAAAUCCGGCCCUGGAUAGGGACCAUAUUAAGUCACCUGGGGCUGGAAGUCAUUUUGGCUUGAAUAGCAGGGUAGAAAUGCUCUAAAUCAGUGGCUUUCAACCAGUGGGCCGUGGCACCCUGGGGUGCCUUGAAGGAUGGCCAGGGGUUAUGCAGCCUUUGUCCCUCUUUCCCUCCCUACUCGGAUGCCCUCCUGCGUCUCUGCCCCCCAAAGGCUUGCAUGGAUGUUCGUUGCUGCAGGUUCUCCAUCCCUGGGCUAUUGGUUUCUGGAAUGUCUUGAGAACUCCAUAAUAUGAAUUCUUUCCUCUUGCCUAGGGGGAAGCAGAGGAGGGAGCUAUGGUGACGCUGGUCAUGGAAGUGAUUCCCUGGGUGUGUCCCUCAUAGGCAAAUGUGUGUCUGGGGGUUCCCCACGCCAGAAGCUGAGUCACCAAAGCACUGGAAGAUGACUCACCAAUACGGAGGAAUUGUGAAAAACACCCAAAUGACACGCUGGGGCUCAAGAAGGGGGAAAGUGUUUUCAUUUUGAGUUUAGCGAUGGCUCUUCUCCCACAAACAAGAAAGAUGCCAAUAUUGGAGAAGGGAAAUACUUUAAGCAGUUUUUUUUUAAACUGUAACAGCCAGAUGGGUGGGGUAUAAAUAAAUAAUAAUUAUUAUUAUUAUUUGGGGCAGAGCUACUUGAUUUUGGUUCCUCUGUAAACUUUCAGACACAAUCAUAUUCAUUACUAUGACUUAUUAUUUUUAGUAGUAGUGGUAGUAGUUGUAGUAAUAAUAAAAUAAUAAUAAUAAUUUAUUAUUUAUAUCCCGCCCAUCUGGCUGAGUUUCCCCAGCCACUCUGGGCGGCUACCAAUCAAGUGUUAAAAACAAUACAGCAUUAAAUAUUAAAAACUUCCCUAAACAGGGCUGCCUUCAGAUGUCUUUUAAAGAUAGGAUAGGUAAAGGUAAAGGGACCCCUGAUCAUUAGGUCCAGUCGUGGCCGACUCUGGGGUUGCGGCGCUCAUCUCGCUUUACUGGCCGAGGGAGCCGGUGUACAGCUUCCGGGUCAUGUGGCCAGCACGACUAAGCCGCUUCUGGCGAACCAGAGCAGCACAUGGAAACGCCGUUUACCUUCCCACAGGAGCGGUACCUAUUUAUCUACUUGCACUUUGAUGUGCUUUCGAACUGCUAGGUUGGCAGGAGCAGGGACCGAGCAACAGGAGCUCACCCCGUCGCAGGGAUUCGAACCGCUGACCUUCUGAUCGGCAAGUUCUAGGCUUUGUGGUUUAACCCACAGCGCCACCCGCAUCCCAAAGAUAGGAUAGCUGCUAAUAAAUAAUAAUAAUGUAAUAUUUAUUCAUUCCAAAAAAUGUGUAAAAACCCCAUUCGAAGCACUUUACAAAAAGAACAAUACAAUUAUUAGUAAAAACAAUUAAAAACAUUCAGAAAAUUAAAAUUAGUGUUUCACACCACCCCAUUAUCCAAGCAGUAUGAGAUUUCAGGGGUUCCAGGCACUUGCCCAAGGUUCUGUGUCCCUGGAAUGAGACAGAGCCGAGACUGCGGUGUCUCAGGAUCUACGCUUUAUUUACACAUAUGCCUCAACGUCCCAGGAGGUCUUGCUUCUCCCAUAGCCUUGGAUCCCAGGAGAAAUCAAGCAUGGCUCCUCUCCCUCUUUGGUAUCAUGGACGCUUUGGCCUGAGAAGAUUCCUGCAUUGCAGGGGGUUGGACUAGAUGACCCUGGAGGUACCUUCCAAUUCUAUGAUUUCUAUAAAACCAAAACGCGCGUCAGCUUUCUAGGUAUCUGGGUAGGCUUGUUUAUCAAGAGGCAGGGACUUCCAAAGUGUAGGAAGCACCGCACUAAAAGAUAUAUAGUAAAACACAAACAAACACUACUUGGUUGUGCUUAAGAUUAAUCUCCCAGAUAUAAUGGAAAAAAACUGAUUUGAAUAAAUGAAUACAGAAUAUUUGUCACUUAGGAGAAGUGUUGAAGCUGCAAAGCGAUAGAGGGAAGUCAACUAGUAUAGCAGGGAUUCAAACUAGUUUUCCGGAACAGAAAGCGACUGCAAAGAAAGAAAGAAAACAAGGAUUACAAAUGUAAUUUAUUUCUGAGAACCUGGCUUAUGGAAUAUUCAAAUUACUUUUUGUAUCAAUUUUGAACAAUUUUGUGUACUUGACUAAUUCUUUUUCCUUUUCCCUUAUUUAUUAUUUUUCCUUUUUUCCUUUUCUUUCCUUUUUAUAUUUUUACCUUUUGUAUUUUUUUCUUUUUCUUUUUGAAUUAUUUGGAUGUAAUGUUUAAUUCAUGCCUUCUCUCUGAUUCAAUAAAUAAAAUAAAUAAAUAAAUAAAUAAAUAAAUAAAAGAUACAUAGUAACAACAACAACAACAAUAAUAAAUAAUAGCAAUAAUAGCAGUAAUGGCGAGAACAAGAACAACGACGUUUAAAUAUAACGCGCUUUUGAACCGGACCACGCUAACCCAUGGAAAAGCAGUACGCAUGCGCGCCCCGGGGCGUUCGGCAUUCCAUCUUCCCCGCCCCGCUUGCCUUCCUUAAGAGGCAGAGCGCAUGCGCACUGGCCAGCCUGGCAUUCUUUGGCCCUUGCGGGAGGGAGACGGAGCGAGCGAGUGAGGACGGAGGCGGGGCUAGGCAAGGAGCGCCCUUUCCCGAUUGGCUCCUCUUCGGGCCCCGCCCCUCCCGGCGAGCCGCCACGUCAGUCACAGCUACGCCCGCCGCCGGGAUCCUGCGCCUGCGCGCUGGGAGGCGCCUGGCCGCUUCUCCCCUCAGCCGGCGUCUCGCGAGGGGGGGAGAGAAGGCGGGAGAGCGCGGCGCGUGCACGCGGAGGGUAAGUGCGCGGGGGACGUGGGCGCGCGUGGGUGAGGGGGGAGUAAAUCAACGGGGGGGGGCAGGAGACGGAGAGAGCCCCAUGGAACCUACGGAGGGACGAGAGCGCCUCUGAGCAUGGGCAGAGCGCCUGCCGACUAGCCGCUCCGCCAGGUGGAAGGGGGCUUCCAGGCGAGCCCAGUUCCUCAAGACUUCUUCCCUUUGGGGCGGCGGAUGAAACCUUGCCAGUUGCCUCAAGGAUUGCAAGGACCCUGCCAGGUGAGUCCCCCCGUUGCAGGUGUGGCGGCGCCUGCCAGGUAAGCUCUUGGAGGAGGGGGGAGGUUUGUAGCAUGGCAGGUGCCAUAGCUGUCAACCGACCCUUUUUUUGCUGGAAAUUCCCUUAUUCCAGCGACGUCUCCCGCUGCUAUCCCGUAGACCAUCCCCGGGACAGGUGAGGCUGCCGGUCCCUUAUUUUCAAAUCUGAAAGUUGACAGCUAUGGCAGGUGCCAGUCUGUUGUUGUUGUUUUUUAAAUGAUAUUUAUUAAUUUUUUAACAUUUCCAACACAACGCUUCAAACAAAAAAAGAAAAAAGAAAAAACAAUGCAAAUACAAUACAAAAUCGCUACACGGACUAAAAAAACAAACAAAAACAAGCAAAAACAGUUUAAAAACACCUCAGACAUUUUCAAUAUCUUAUAUUUCAUUCACUUAUUUCCAGCGACCUCCUCCCACCUCCCUUUUUGUAUUCCACUUCUAUUAUUUGUUUCAGCAAUUCCUUUCCAUCUUACUCUGUUUUCUGUUCUAUAAUUAUCUUAACACAUUCUUGCCAUACUUUUCCUUUAAUUUUCUAUUAAUCUAUCUAUACCUAAUUCCUUAUGACAUUUCUGCUAAAGCCAUAUAAUUUCAUUCCAACAUUUUUCUAACAUUCCUUAAUUUUACAGUAUCUCUAUAAAUGGUCUUUAAACUUUUUCCAAUCUUCUUCCACCGACUCUUCACCCUGGUCUCGGAUCUUGCCAGUCAUUUCCGCCAAUUCCAUAUAGUCCAUCAAUUUCAUCUGCCAUUGUCCAACGCUUCAAUGUUUUCAAGAAACAACCAUUCUCUCAACCAGCAAAAAGCAGAUAGUUCACAGCAAAAUUUAAAGGUCUGGCAGGGCAGGUCCUCCUCCUUCUUUGGCAUCCAUCAAUAUCUUAAGUUUUACUCGAGGCUUCCUGUGCCAGUCUGGGAUCGCAGCCCCCGGGUGGCAGGGCUGUGUGAGCACUUGCCUCUUAUUUUUGCACGGUUUUUUUUUUUGCAAGAUGCUCCCCUGAACCUUCCUUUUUGCUACACCCGAGUGAUCUGUGGCAGAAAUGCAUAUUGGGCGCAUAAACUGAUUCAGGUACGAUCUGCUGUGGAGCUGGAUUUGCUGAUGCCCAGGUCCAGGUUCCAUGGCUAGAAGACUCUCCCGAAAUAAAUUUAAAAAUUGCCCAGUAGCACCUUAGAGACCAACUAAGUUUAUUCUGAGUAUAAGCUUUUGUGUGUAUGCACACUUCUUCAAGAAAUACUCUCUGUGUUUCUAUAUAUCUGUAUAUGAGAGAGUGGCUAAGAGUUUUCAGACUCGGACAUGGGAGACCAGGGUGCGAAUCCUCCCUUGGCCAUGAAGCUCUCCCUGGGCCAUUCCCUGCCUCUCAGCCUAACCUACCUCACAGGGUUGUUGUGGGGAUUGAAGAAAGCGUCUGUCUGGCCUCCCAGUUGUCAGAGCUGGCAGGGAAAGAAGCCCGGUCCUGCUUGUGGGCUUUUCAGUGGGGCAUCUGCUUGGCACCCGUGAGAACGAGAUCCUGGACUAGGCAGAUCUUUGGCCUAAUAGAAGAAGGCUUUUCUUAUGUUUGUUCUUAUGGGUUAUUCAUAGAAUUGUAGAGUUGGAAGGGACCCAGGGGUCAUCUAGUCCAGCCCCCUGCAAUGCAGGAAUCCUGACCUUAGCCAUCCUUGGGGGGGACUCGUACCACCAACUUUCGGGUUAACAGCCAGAAAUCAUUUAUUAUAUUAUUUAUAUAUAUAUAUAUAUAUAUAUAGAUAUAUAUAUAUAUAUAUAUUAUAUACCUCCCGGUAUGCCCCACGGAGGACCUCAAGGUCCAUAAAUAGCAAGACCCUAGAGGUCCCGGGCCCUAAGGAAGUCAGAUUAGCCUCAACCAGAGGCAGGGCCUUUUCAACGCUGGCCCCGGCCUGGUGGAACGCUCUGUCUCAUGAGACCAGGGCCCUGCAGGAUCUGAUCUCUUUCCGCAGGGCCUGUAAGAGUUGUUCCGCCUGGCCUUUGGCUUGGAGUCCAUUUGAUUCCCUCCCCCUCUUUCCUUUUUCCUUUCUCCUUCUGUGAUGGAACCCCUAUUUGGGGACUUCCCUGGCUUUUUUCUGGCCCACGUAGGACCAUCUGGAUAGUUGGCCUUGGUGAAGACUUGACGUUUUCAUCCCCAAAAAGUUUUUUAUUUGAGUUUCUACUGAAAUGAGGCUGCAUUUUAAUGUUUUAAUGUCGUAUUUUAAUCUUGUUUUUAAGUUGUAUUUCAAUCAAUUGUUUUUACCUGGUGUUAGCCGCUCUGAGCCCGGUCGGUCUUGGCUGGGUAGGGCGGGGUAUAAAUAAUAAUAAUAAUUAUUAUUAUUACAUUUAUAUCCCACCUUUCCUUCAAGGAGCACAAGGUGACGCACACAAUUCCGUUUAAUCGUCACAACCACCCUGCAAAGUAGGCUAAAGUUAAACUAAGAGACAGCAACUGGCCCAAGGUCACGCAGCAAGCUUCAUGGCAGGGUAGGGAUUUGAUCUCCCACACCCUGUUCCAGCGCUCUUUAAGCAUUUUGCCGCAAUGGGUUAGAAGGGAAGAUGCCAGCAGCUAGUGAGAGCUGUGGAACAUCUACGUCUCUGAACUAAAUAUCCAGUAAAAUGUAAUUCUGUCAGCCAAAGAGAAUUGAGCUCAAAUGACAGGAUGGGGUUGCUCCUUUAGGAAUGGUGUGCCACGUCAGACGAGAAGGAUAACUGUGAAUUCACACCCACUUUUCUACAAAUGUACACGGAUGCAAAAUGUAGCCAGCUAUUUCCUUGUUUGCUUUCUUCACAUUAUAGCAAACAUUGCCUUCAUGUCAUUCUUUACCCUUAACAGUUGACUCAACUGCAGAACUUAUUUCUGUAGGUUGAACAGGGAUCCGUAUACCUUCCAACAUAGGUGUUGCCGUCAAGGAAAGAGGUCUGGCAUUGGGAGCUGCUUUAGGUCUGGAUUUGGCCAGUGGAAUUCUUGACUCUUCCUAUGAACAGCAGACACCCCCUUCCAAUGACACAUCACACACAUGAACUUAUUUUGUCAUACUGUGUACUGCCUUAAUAACUCCAGACUGUGAAUCAGUUUAUAAAUUGGUGUUGUUUUUUUUAAAAAAGGUAUUUUUUAAAAAGUACUCCUGGUUCCACCAGUGGCUUGUUAUGUUACCAACUGCACUGGCUCCCGGUGGAGUACAGGGUCAGGUUUAAGGUGCUGCUUUUGACCUUUAAAGCCCUAUGCGGCCUAGGACCCACAUACCUACGGGACCGCCUCUCCUGGUAUGUUCCACGGAGGACCUUAAGGUCCACAAAUGACAACACUUUGGAGGUCCCAAGUCACAAGGUGGUUAGAUUGAUCUCAACUAGGGCCAGGGCCUUUUGAGUACUGGCCCCGACUUGGUGGAACGCUCUCCCACAAGAGACCAGGGCCCUGCGGGACUUGACAUCUUUCCGCAGGGCCUGCAAGGCAGAGCUGUUCCGCUGGCCUUGGGUUUGGACUCAGUCUGACCCUUAGGUUUCCCUCCGCUUAUGGUUCUGAUCUAUGGGCUACUUUUAAAAUGAGGCUGCAUUUUAAAUUGUAUUUUAACCCUUAUUUUAAUAAACUGGUUUUUGUUUGUUUGUUUUCCCCUGUUAUGUUUUAUUGUAAUUUUAUUGGUGUUAGCCGCCCUGUGCCCGGCUCUGGCCGUGGAGGGCAGGGUGUGUGUGUAUAUAUAUAUCUAUAAAUAAUAUAAAUAUAUUAUUAUUAUUAUUAUUAAGAUGGGGGAACCUGUGAUCAGGUGCCUUUGGACUCCAGCUCCCAUCAUCCCUUUCACUGUCCAUUCUGGCUGGGGCUGAUGGGAGUUGGAGUCAACAACACUUGGAUGACCACAGGUUCCCUACUUCUGCUAUACAGCAUUGGAAAGGGACCUUUGAAUCCUCGCCUUCACACUUUGCAUUCUGUAGAUCCCCAACCUGCUGCCCUCCAGAUGUUUUGAACUGCAGGUCCCACCAGCCCCAGCCAGCGUGGUCAGCAAUGAUGGAAGUUUUAGUCUGGAUCACCUUAUAGAUCACGUGUUCAGGGUAGCCAAGAAUUGGUGCAGUGAGUUCUACUGGCACUCAUUUUGGCUUAUGAACAUUAGCGUGGGAAAAUGAUCGUUGGUGUGUACAAGACCCUUCCCUUUUGCCUGCUGAUACACAAAAGGGGAAGGAUGAAAUUGGCUACCUACUUUCAGUCUUUGCAGAGAUGACUGGCUUUAGGCAGACUAUAAGAGAAAGCUCAGUCUCUUGGCUAGAAUAAUGCUAAUUUCUUGUAAUUUUGUGGUCUGCACAAAUUACAGUAUGAAUGAUAGUAGCCCUUGCUCUGUAAAAUGUUUUGUAAUUUUGUUCCCCUGAGAAAAGAAAGCCCUCCAAACACAAACAUGGUUAUCUAAAAGUUCAUAUUCUGUGCUUGGUGUGUUUGUUUAACCCCAGAUCCUGGUGUAUUUUUUAGUUCAAAGAACCUGUCUGAUGAAAAAAUAAAUAUUGCUUUAAUGUUAACCUUUUGUUGCGUCAGAGGCAUCAAGGUAAUAGGCUGCUAUGCAGUCAUGUUCUUAUUUAUCUUACAUUUCAGAAGGGUGGCAUUGAUAUGGAAUGUAUAUUUUAACGUCUGAAAGUUUCGGUACAAGUGUCAAAUAUUUUUAGAUGGUAUCUUUGAAUCACAUGCAUUAUUACGAUUUUAUGUUUUAGCUGUGAGUUACAGUAAGGAACAUGGCUAGUUUAAAAGAUACUUGGAAGAGGAGCAACAGCAGCCCCUUGUCAAAUUCUUAUCUCUCUUGGCGCCUGAAAGGAAUAGUUUAAAUUAUUCCUGUGUUCUAGAUUCCAUUUUUCUAGCAUUUUUUAACCCGGGGAAAAAUUUGUGUAUUUGCACUGGCGCUGUGGGUUAAACCACAAAGCCUAGGACUUGCUGAUCAGAAGCUUGGCGGUUCGAAUCCCCACGACGGGGUGAGCUCCUGUUGCUCGGUCCCUGCUCCUGCCAACCUAGCAGUUCAAAAGCACCUCAAAGUGCAAGUAGAUAAAUAGGUACUGCUCUGGCGGGAAGGGAAACAGCGUUUCCGUGCGCUGCUCUGGUUCACCAGAAGCGGCUUAGUCCUGCUGGCCACAUGACCCGGAAGGUGUACGCCGCCUCCUUCGGCCAAUAAAGCGAGAUGAGCGCCGCAACCCCAGAGUCGGCCGCGACUGGACCUAAUGGUCAGGGGUCCCUUUACCUUUUACUGGGACAGAAAGCAAGUCAAAUUUAGGAGCAGAGGCAUAGGCUGCCUGGAAAGUUUAGGACAAGAGGAAGGUCAGUUUGGCACUAUUUAAGGCUGGUCUAAGGACUGAAACAGCCAACAGCUGUUAGCCACACUGAGUAACUGCAUGGGGUUAGAAAGGCAGUAAAUAAACUUAAAACGAGCAAGAAACAUAGAAACGCUAAACUAUUUCCAAAUGUGAAUCAUUGUGUUUUUUAAUUCCAGUACGCCAGUUGCAGUCUCAGCUGCCAUGAUGCCUGCAGCAACAGUAAAGCCUGACACCACGCCAUUGUAUGACCCUCGCCUCCUUCAGGAACUGGACUGGAGUCAGAAUACCGUGACGUUUUCUCCUGCUAUUUCUCCUGUGGAACCGGGCAGUGGUUUAGUUUUGCGACCACUUUGCAUUGCCGACAUCAACAAAGGUACAGCUCACUUUUCUCUGAACGCCUAAGUCCACUUGAACUCAAAGGCUACAUAUGCACAUCGUAACCCAGGACUGCAUUCGAGGACAACGGCCAGAGCAAACUAUUAAGUCUUACACUGGAUAGUUUUGUAGAAAAUGCAUUGUAAGAAGAGCAGGACUGUUGGUCUUGGAUAGGAGGGGCUUAAAAUAAUUCCAUGUUUAUGGAAGACCAUCUUACUUGGCUACAAGUGAUCGCCAAAGAAAAAUAAUUCUAAAUGUAGAAAGCACUGUCUGCUUUGCUAGGUUUUGUGUGGUUCCUCUCCUCUGCUAUUUUGUGUGUGAUUUUCCAUUUUUUUGGGUGUUUUUAUUAACUUUAUUCUAUGCUGCCCUGAUAGCUUUGCUGAAGGGCUGUCUAAAAAUCUUGCCCAUUUCACUACACUUGAAGAACUGUAUUGUAGUGGCUUCUUGGUUCUUGUCUCCCACAUCACUCCAGACACUGAAUUGUGGACACUACUUGUGGAAUCUCUACUUGAAUAUUGAGUUUUGUGCUUGCCUUGAAAAAUACAUUUAUGCAAACUGUUUCUCUCUCUUGCAGGCUUUUUAAAAGUUUUAGGUCAACUGACUGAAACGGGAAGUGUCAGCCCUGAGCAAUUCAUCAGUGAGUACCUUGUUGUAUUUUGCAGCUUGGAGGAAAGGAACAGGGGGUUUGCUUCAGUGCAGCUGUCUCACCGACCUUGCUUGGCUUCUAAAAGAGAUGCCUUGUUGGUAAAUCAUGAGUUCAUGGGUGUGAGGAGUGGUUUAAGUAGCAAAAAAAGCAGGGGGAACCCAGUCAUUGGGCAGCCUAUACAUUUGACUACAUCAACAGUUACACAUCACUUGCAUUUCCCAUAAGAGACCCUCACAUUCUAUUCACCUGCUUGUCAAGGGUUAGGUGCAGUAUAUCCUGGCAGAACGUUUUUAGGUGCCAGGCAAAAUCAUUUCUCUAUAACUAGGCCUUUCUUAUAACAAAGUUAUAACUAUAACUUUGGCUGAUUGAACAUUCUAGGGCCUUUUAAAUGUGUUUGUGGGAGGGGAGGUAAUUGGUUUGCUUUUGCUUUUGUUUUAUUAAGUAUUUUGUGUUCUCAUUUUGUAUUUUUAUGUUGUCAACUGCCCUGGAAUACAAAUUUAGUAAGUAAGUAAGUAAGUAUGUAUGUAUGUAGUAGUAAGGUAAAGGUAAAGGGACCCCUGACCAUUAGGUCCAGUCGUGGCCGACUCUGGGGUUGCGGCGCUCAUCUCGCUUUAUUGGCCGAGGGAUCCGGCGUACAGCUUCCGGGUCAUGUGGCCAGCAUGACUUAGCCGCUUCUGGUGAACCAGAGCAGCGCACGGAAACGCCGUUUACCUUCCCACCGGAGCGGAACCUAUUGAUCUACUUGCACUUUGACGUGCUUUCGAACUGCUAAGUUGGCAGGAGCAGGGACCGAGCAACGGGAGCUCACCCCGUUGCGGGGAUUCGAACCGCCAACCUUCUGAUCGGCAAGUCCUAGGCUCUGUGGUUUGACCCACAGCGCCACCCAUGUCCCAUGUAUGUAGUAGUAGUAGUAAUAAUAAUAAUAAUAAUCUGGGUGUGCAAACCUGAGCAGAGCUAUAGGAAAACCCCAUACCAGGGGAAUGUAUAUCCUCUUACCAAGAAUGCUCCUACCUGUAUUUUCUAGAAACAUUCGAACACAUGAAGAGUUCUGGGGACUACUACGUUACAGUAGUGGAAGAUACUAUUCUAGGAGAGAUUGUGGCUACUGCAACUUUAGUCAUAGAGCACAAGUUUACUCACUCGUGUGCAAAGGUAUGUUGGGUAGUGUGGGAAAUACUGUUGCUGUGAAUAAGUUCUGGCACUUUCUAGUACUCAGUGGUAUUGCCUGUCUUCACAGAGGGGAAGAAUAGAAGACGUUGUUGUAAGCGGAGAAUGCAGAGGAAAACAACUUGGGAAAUUGUAAGUGGCUGUUAAUCGUCUGCAGUAGCUUACCAGCCGGGUUGUGGGGAGUGGUGUCAGCUGCCUCUCCUGCUAUGCCCCAUGGAGAGCCUCAAGGUCCAUAAAUAGCAACACCCUAGUGGUCCCGGGCCCUAAGGAAGUUAGAUUAGCUUAAACCAGAGCCAGGGCCUUUUCAACACUGGCCCCGGCCUGGUAGAACGCUCUGUCUCAUAACACCAGGCCCUGCAGGAUCUGAUUUCUUUCCGCAGGGCCUGUAAGAUAGAGAUGUUCCACCUGGCCUUUGGCUUGGAGUCAAUUUGAUUCCCUCCCCGUCUUUCUUUUUUAUUUUCCUUUCUCCUCCUGCGAUGAGGCUACAUUUACAUUUUAAUAUUUUAAUAUUUCAAUAUUUUAAUGUUGUAUUUUAAUUUUGUUUUUAAGUUGUAUUCAUUCAACUUAUUUUUAUUAUUGCUUGUUAGCCGCCCUGAGCCCAGCCUUGGCUGGGGAGGGCGGGGUAUAAAUAAAAAUUAUUAUUAUUAUUAUUAUUAUUAUUAUUAUUAUUACAUGCCCCACAAGACCUAAGUGAGCAAGUGAGCAAGGACCGCCUCUCGCCAUAUGAACCAACCCAGUCCUUGCAAGCAUUCUGGCCUUUCUUUGUGUGCCUCUAUGAGAACGGGCCUUUUCCGAGGUGGCUCCCCACUUGUGGAAUUCUCUUCCCAGGGAGGCUCACCUGGCGCCUUCAUUACGUAUUUUUAAGCCCGACAAAAACUUUCCUCUUCUCCCAGGCCUUUGCCGAAUUAAGCAAGCUAUGGCCUUUUAAACUGUAGGAGGUGUUGUUUGCUUGUUACUAUGUUAUGCAUUUUUUGUUUUUAUACUGUAAGCUGCCCUGUGACCCUUAGAUGAAUGGUGACACAGAAAUUUAAUAAAAAACAAUAGCAAUAAAAAUCACCAAUGGUGUCUGACGCUCUCCCCCAAACACACAUUCUGCAAGGCUAAACUUCUUCUAAAGCAAUAAAUUGAUAUUUAUAUAACACCUUUCAAGCAUCCCAAACUAGUCAUAUUCAUUCUUUACAACCAUUCUGUAAUAUGGGGCUGGUAUUAUCCCUGUAUUGCAGGAGUGAGGUUGAGGCAAGUGGCUUUCUGAAGACCACUUAGCUCUCUUACAAGUUCUCUUAACACUUGAAUCGGCAAUUUUACAGCUCAUGCCCUUUGCCCAUGGAUGGGGACUUUGUGGGUCUCCAAAUGAUGUUGGACUGAUUCACACCAGCCGCGCCCAGCAUGAUGUAUGGUCAGAGUUGAUCUGGUGGGCCACAGCUUCAUCACCCUGAUUUGAGUCUCUUAAGCACUUCCGGAAGUGUGGUGCCGCAGCUGGGAGCGUUGGGCUUAUGGGAACAUAAAGAGCUAUCUUAUACAGUCAGAUCUUUGGUCUAUCCAGUUCAGUAUUGUCUGCAGUAAAUGGCAGCAGCUAUCCAGUGUUUCUUAAGAGAUGCCAGGAAUUUAACAGGGAACCUUCUAAGUGCUGAGCAUGCAGCCUAGUAACACUAACCAGAUAGCUCCAAAUUCACAUCCAUAAGCACCCCCCAAGCCCUGUCUCACCUGAAGCCAGUUUAUUUGUAACCUACUGUCAGGGCUGCCUCAGGUCUCAGCUCACAAAAGACCAACGCCAAGUUCUUCUUAUAUACAGUGGUGCCUCGCAAGACGAAAUUAAUUCGUUCCGCAAGUUUUUUCUUCUUGCGAGUUUUUCGUCUUGCGAUGCACGGUUUCCCAUAGGAAUGCAUUGAAAAUCAAUUAAUGCGUUCCUAGGGAAACCGACUUCAGACCAGGUCCGGGGACAGUCUGUCCCCGACCUCUUCUGAAGGCUGGGGGGACAAGGGCUUUUCUUCCCACCCCCAGCAUUUUAAAAAACCCCGGGACAGCGGAGGGCUUCUCCGCUGUCCGGGGCGAUCUUAAAAUGCUGGCGGGCGGCAUUUUAAAAUUGCCUCGGGACAGCGGAGGACUUCUCCGCUGUCCGGGGCAAUUUAAAGCCCCUGGGAAGGCAGGCAGGGGGACAAAGACUUUGCCCCCGCCAGCCUUCAGAAGAGGUCCUGGACCUCUUCUGAAGGUUGGCGGGGCGAAAGUCUUGUCCCCCCACCUGCCUUCAAAAGCUGUCCAGCCAAGGCUCGCGGACCUCUCCGCAAGCAGCGGCAGCGCUGCCGCUGCUCGCGGAGAGUUGCCGGCAUGCCGAAGCCUGCGCGCGCUGAGAUCAGCGCGCCCAGGCUUCGCGGACCUCUCCGCGAGCAGCGGCAGCGCUGCCGCUGCUCGCGGAGAGUUGCCGGCAUGCCGAAGCCUGCGCGCGCUGAGAUCAGCGCGCCCAGGCUUCGCGGACCUCUCCGCGAGCAGCGGCAGCGCUGCCGCUGCUCGCGGAGAGUUGCCGGCAUGCCGAGCCUGCGCGCGCUGAGAUCAGCGCGCCCAGGCUUCGCGGACCUCUCCGCGAGCAGCGGCAGCGCUGCCGCUGCUCGCGGAGAGUUGCCGGCAUGCCGAGCCUGCGCGCGCUGAGAUCAGCGCGCCCAGGCUCCGCGGACCUCUCCGCGAGCAGCGGCAGCGCUGCCGCUGCUCGCGGAGAGUUGCCGGCAUGCCGAAGCCUGCGCGCGCUGAGAUCAGCGCGCCCAGGCUUCGCGGACCUCUCCGCGAGCAGCGGCAGCGCUGCCGCUGCUCGCGGAGAGUUGCCGGCAUGCCGAGCCUGCGCGCGCUGAGAUCAGCGCGCCCAGGCUUCGCGGACCUCUCCGCGAGCAGCGGCAGCGCUGCCGCUGCUCGCAGAGAGUUGCCGGCAUGCCGAGCCUGCGCGCGCUGAGAUCAGCGCGCCCAGGCUUCGCGGAUCGGAGAUUUCCCUAUGGGCUUUCGUCUUGCGAAGCAAGCCCAUAGGAAAUUCGCUUAUGAGCGCUCCAAAACGGAAAACCCUUUCGUCUAGCGGGUUUUUCGUCUUGCGAGGCGUUCGUCUUGCGGGGCACCACUGUACAAAGGUAUUUAUUGGACUUCAUUGUUUGCUUCACAUCCGAGGCGCGCAGCCCCACGUCUGUUACGCUUAGACCGUUGAAGUCCCCUCUGAGUCAGUCCCUCCACUGCACCAGUUUAAGAGGCUUGCGCUGCUCCACCUCUUCCUCUCUUUCCUUUCCGCAGGGUCUUCCUGACCGCUGGGGUUUCGCCCUCCUGGAUUCCCCUGACGCGGAAUCCCCAGAUUGCUCUUCCCCCUCCUGCGGGCUUUGGGACCUGGCUCCUCCUCCGGGCUCCCUGUACUUCCGCGCGCUCCACAUUUAACUUGCGCGCGCGCCCAACCUCUAACCUUCCUUUGACAGUUACACUACUCCUUCACUACUCCCUCCCCUUCCGGGAGGGUGGCUUGCUCCGACCUCCCUCCCUUCUCUGCUGCCGGAGCUACUUCCCCUGAUACACUGGAACCUCCACCCCCUUCGCUGCACUCUGGCGGGAGGCUGGUCCUGACGCCCAGCUGCCACUUUGGGAUCCCCGCUGGCCCCCUGCUCCUGACACGUCCCUGGCCUUGACCACCGGCGCCCCCGUCUGGGAAUCCUCUGAUUCGCUGGAAAGACUCAUGGAAUCUCUUGAGUCAUUGUCAUCCUCUUCCUCGCUGUCCUGGGAUUCAUCCCCAUCGCUCUCCAUCUCCUGCCUACCCUGUGCCUCUGUCCCUGAACCCCUGACACCUACCUUAUUAGGUUAUUUGGCUAAAACACAGCCCUUGAUCUCCUUUGGAUGUAAAAGGUAACACCACCCCAUCUCCGUUUGGACUCAUUGCGCUUCUAUUCUUUCCAACUGGCAUAGUUCUUUGCUUGCCUUUUGGGCAUUUAAUCUGUACCCAAAUUGCAGGACCCUGCCAAGGUAUAUACUUCAAACCUCCUUCGAGAGGAAUGUCUCCCUAGUUAAGUGGUUCUCAAAGGGUGUGGCAGGAGAGGGAGGCAAGGGUGGCAGGAAGAUUCAAAUACAAUCAAAUAAAUUUUUAAGCAUUUCAGUCUAGUGUAGUAUGGGGGGGGAGGGAUAUACAACCAGAAACAGUAUCCACACCUAUCUUCAAGAGCAUCAGCCAUUCUUCUGCAGGUGAAACUCGGAAAAUUAGAAUAUCGUGGAAAAGUUCAUUUAUUUCAGUAAUUCAACUUAAAAGGUGAAACUAAUAUAUGAGAUAGACUCAUGACAUGCAAAGCGAGAUAUGUCAAGCCUUAUAAUUGUGAUGAUCAUGGCAUACAGCUGAUGAAAACCCCAAAUUAACCAUCUCAGAAAAUUAGAAUAUUAAAUGAAAUCAGCAAAACAAGGAUUGCAAAUAGAGAAAUAUUGGCCCUCUGAGAAGUAGAAGAAUGCAUACAUACUCAGUACUUGGUUUGGGCCCCUUUUGCAUCAAUUACUGCCUCAAUGCGGCGUGGCAUGGAUGCUAUCAGCCUGUGGCACUGCUGAGGUAUUAUGGGUUUUCAUCAGCUGUACGUCAUGAUCAUCACAAUUAUAACAAAUAAAUUAAAUAAAUAAGUAAAUUAUAACAAAUAAAGGCUUGACAUAUCUUGCUUUGCAUGUCAUGAGUCUAUCUCACAUAUUAGUUUCACUUUUUCAGUUGAAUUACUGAAAUAAAUGAACUUUUCCACGAUAUUCUAAUUUUCCGAGUUUCACCUGUACAGUUCUCCAUGAUAUCCUGUUGUGAACAGGGAUUUUCAACUCUUGACAAAUGUGAACAAUCAGAAAAGAGAAAGGCUUGUUUGCUGAUAAGAUGAGUUUGUUUGAGAGCCAGUGUGGUGUAGUGGUUAAGAGCGGUAGACUCGUAAUCUGGUGAACCGGGUUCGUGUCUCCACUCCGCCACAUGCAGCUGCUGGGUGACCUUGGGCUAGUCACACUUCUCUGAAGUCUCUGAGUGUUUGUUGUGGGGGAGGAAGGGAAAGGAGAAUAUUAGCUACUUUGAGACUCCUUCGGGUAGUGAUAAAGCGGGAUAUCAAAUCCAAAAACUCUCAAAUUAGACCUAAUACAAAUGAGAUUACCUGGCAAAAGCAAGCUCACACUUCUCAUUGGGUCUGUAUACAUACUUAAGGUACAUAUGUAAGAGGCUCAUUUAUAAUUAUAUUUUGGGAAUUAUAUUUUGGGAAUUCUGGAUGUCCCAUGAUCAUAUUAUAAAGUAGUUGUGUUCUGGGUUAUAAACCAAGCACUGCUAGGAGUUGCUUCUUUUUGUUUUCCAAUGUAUUUAUCAAUUAAAAAAAUUGGUGUGACACAAGCUAAUUUUUAUUCUGAACAUGUGGCCCGGAGAAAAAUUUUGAGAACCCCUGCCCUCGUUAAGAGACUCCUUUUGGACUUUCCUUAUUCAAUCACAAUGACAUAUCUGUUUCAUCUUACUGUAUACUCUCUCCCUCUGAAAUUCUUGUCUCCUUCCACUCAUUUCUUGCAGGGUUAGGGUUGGAAAGUGAGGGCUUCCUAUUGUUUUCCCUUUGCUGAAAAGUGGCUCUUACUAUCCAUUUGGGCCUGGUGGUGAUGCCAGCAGUGCUGAUGUGUAGAUUCACAGUUGCCUGGUACAUGCAGUUUGACGUCCUCUUGCAAGAGUAUACCCAUAGAGUUUGUUUCAGAGUACAGUGGUACCUCUAGUUGCGGACACGAUCCAUUCUGGGGUGCCAUUCGCACCCUGAAAAGUCUGCAACUAGAGCGGCGCUUCUGUGCAACCAUGGAGCGCAAGAGCGCUUCUGUGUAUGUGCGAAGCACGCAGAAUGCUUUUACGCAUGAGCAAAGCAUGCAGGAUGCUUCUGUGUGCAUGCGGCGAAACCCAAAAGUAUCCACUUCCGGGUUUGCCGUGUUCGCAAGCCGAAAAGGCGCAACGUGAACCUAACGCAACACAAGGUAUGACUGUAUUAACUCUUCCUCCUCCUCCUAGAUUGAUGUCAACUCUCACAUUGCUAAGUAAGAGACUGAAUUGCUACAAAAUCACUCUCGAGUGUCAGCCAAAAAAUGUUGCUUUCUAUGAAAAAUUUGGAUAUUCAGUAUCUGAAGAAAACUACAUGUAUCAAAGAUUCUUCAAUUAA